AUGGUUAAGCUUUCUGUCUGUCUCCUCCUGGGAGGGUUUUCCGCUUUGGCUUCGGCUCUUCCUGCUGCAGCACCAGUUCCAACGGCUGCUCCAGAUCUUGAUAAGCGAGCAACUACCUGCACUUUCUCCGGUUCGGGAGGAGCUUCAUCGGCAAGCAAGUCUAAGACUUCUUGUUCAACCAUCGUUUUAUCUGCACUUGCAGUCCCGUCCGGCACGACCUUGGAUCUGACAGGCCUUACUGAAGGAACUACAGUCAUCUUUGAAGGCAUCACCACCUUCGGCUAUGAAGAAUGGUCUGGUCCUUUGGUCUCUGUUUCGGGAACAAAUAUCACCGUUACUCAAAGCACUGGUGCUUACCUCGAUGGCGCGGAGCUGCUUACUGGGAUGGAGAAGGUUCCAACGGAGGAAAGACCAAACCAAAAUUCUUUUACGCACACAACUUGGUCUCCUCAAAGAUUGAGAACCUUUAUCUUUACAACCCACCCGUCCAAUACAAGCGUCACCAUCACGGGCGCUAAUGUUUACAAUCAAGAUGAUUGCGUUGCUAUCAACUCCGGAACUGGCAUUACUUUCUCAGGAGGUGUUUGCUCCGGUGGCCACGGUCUUUCAAUUGGAUCUGUCGGCGGUAGAGAUGACAACAUUGUUGAGACUGUCUUGUUCGAAAGCUCCGAGAUCAAGGAUUCGCAAAAUGGUAUCCGUAUCAAGACCAUCUCUGGUGACACAGGAACCGUCUCUGGCAUCACUUACUCAGGCAUUACCCUUUCCGGUAUCACCGACUACGGUAUCACAGUCAAUCAAGCUUAUGAUGGCACCUCCGGUGAGCCAACGAAUGGCGUUACCAUUUCCAAAUUUAUUCUCGAAAAUAUUACUGGAACCGUUGAAUCUACCGCCACCAACAUUCUUAUCGAGUGUGGAAGCGGUUCUUGCACUGAUUGGACAUGGACCGAUGUUUCCAUAACAGGCGGCAAGUCGUCAUCCGACUGUCUCAACGUCCCAACAAGCGGUGGUGUCUCUUGUUCUUUGUAG